AAGUCAAGGAGCGGGACAUAUAAAGUUGUGCUUUUCCUGUAGUGGUUUUGGGAGUAGAUGAGGAAAACUAUGAAGGACGCAUCUAUUAUCUUGCUCUGGGGAUUCAAGUGAACAUGCUUGAUACGCUUUUCCAUGAAGGGGCAUACUUCCCCCUACGUCCCACCUGUUAGCAAUUUCGUAUUUUUGCAAACAUGCAGGCGAUCAUUUUGCUCCUCAAUGGGCUUAGUUGGAGCCUGGACAUGUUGCUCCUGUUGCUAGACUUAAAUUACUUUCUUGUUUCCUCCAUUGUAUCAGUAUUGUUUUGGACCAUUCGCUUCAUCUUCAAUCUUCCCUGGACCAUCACCUAUGGCAUUCUUCAGUUUUGGGAAGCUUUAUUGGGAUUUGUGUUUAUGGUUGGUGAUUUCUCCUGCAGCCUUGCACUGGACACAAUACAGACAGUAGUGGAUGUUUCAUGGGGAUGCCUUGCUGGUUUAGACAGUUUGAAGUUAAUAUGGAACUUGCUCUGUCAUCUGCUAUUCCGCAGCAGGGAGCUGAUUCAUCGAGGGCUCCUGAACAUUGCUGUCUCUGUACAGACUUUUCACUGGAAUUUCUGGGAAGCUUUAGGUAUCACUGGAAGUUUGGCAGCUUACUUGGUUAAUAGCCUAGUGAACAAAUGUCUUAUUACCAUCCAAAAUGUUUUAUCUGCUGCAAUGGCUCUAUGGCUUUCCAUGGUCAAUGUGAUCUUCAUGGGUGCAGAACUAGUAAUCAUGAUGUUUUCUCAGUUUUCCAACAGUGCUGUGGCAGUGGCAAUUCUCUUGUGGACUCCUUGUCAACUUAUUUUAGAUGGCUUUACUUCACUUAGUAGAGGAGUAGGAAUAAUAUUUUAUAAAAACCUGUAUGAGAUUAUCAUCUUUCUGCUUCUCACCAUUAUUUGCAGAAUCCUUCUUAGACCUUCCCCUGCUGUUCGCCAGUUUCAGUUGAAGGUAAUUCAGAUGUACCGUAUGGCACUUGUGCUUAUCUGUUCACUGCUGCAUUGGGAGGUUUUGAGAAGAGUUAUUGCAAAAAGUGUGCAGGCAAUAAGAAUAUUUAGAGUAUAUGGAGCAGCCCUGGUCAGAGGAUGGAACUUGAGAAGAACGAGGAUACAAAAUCCACCUGCCAGGCCUGCCACUGUGCAGAAUCCAGCACAAAUAAGGGAACCAUACCCAGUUGCCAUGAGGGAACAGAACCCGCCAUUGAGACCUAUUCAAAGCACAGUUCCUAACAGGGUACAGAACACACAACCUGCAACCCCCAUUCCUCAAGCCAGUUCAAUGCAUACAGAGAGAGGGGAGCCCUCACUAGACCCAUGGAAGCUUCUGAAGCAGCAGGAAGAGAGCAAGAAAUGUGUUAUUUGCCAAGAUGAGAACAAAACUGUGCUACUUUUGCCUUGCCGCCAUUUAUGCCUUUGUGCCUCCUGCACACAGAUUCUCUUGCAACAGCCUGUUCAUCAGCGCAACUGUCCUCUGUGUAGGCAUAUGAUUCUGCAAACUCUAAACGUCUACACUUAAUGAAACACCAUUGAUGUGUUACUAUUCUGGACACUGAUUAUGGCUCUACUGACCCAAAGGAUUGAAAAUGUGAACUAUGUAAUAUUUUGACAUGUUUACCAGGACUGCCUUCUCUUAAGCCACUGCAGGACAUCUGUUAUGGCAAUUCCAAAGAUGCACAAAUACAUGAACUUUCCUACUUUCACUGUGCCUGCGGAGUUUUUAAAUAUAUCAUUGAUCUUGUUUUUUUGACAUACCUAGUAUAAAAUGUCUGUAAACAUUUCUGAAUGUAGGAUGUGGCUGCGCACAACGUUUUGUCUCUAACGUUACCAAUUACCCCAGUGUAAUACAUUUCUUUCUAUGCUCAUUCGCUGUUUGUUUAAAAAAAAUGUUUUUAAA